AUGGUUUCGAUAAAUCUGAGCUCUUACAUGAGCACAACACUUCGUGGUGCUGAUGUGAAGACGUCAAAAGUCGCGACCCGUUUAGUCCUGUCGUAUCACCAUUGUGUUGUCCUCACAACUCGUCCUUUGGUGAUGUGUGUACUUCAAAAGAGGCUAGCAACUGGGAGUAAUGACAAGUCCAUACCGGAUGGACCCAUCAGUUCCUUACUCCAAACCUGUGUAGCCUCCGCGGUCAACACUCUCAAGCCAUCGAAGGCACUUGGAGACGACAACUUACUAGACUGCUUUCUACCAUUCCAACUCGAGGCCGCCUGGUCAUCCGCAUAUCUUCUCAAGGUACUCGAAGUAUUGUCAUCAGGCCUGGUUCCUGAUCAAUCAUACCUGGCAGAAGCACAUUACAUAUUCGACAUCAUGAAUCAGAGAGGGAGUCCUGCGGCAAAGCUGCGUAAAUGCGACUUUGAACGACUUGAACAGCUUGUGUCGUCUUUUCUCGGUACACCAUCUCAAGGGAACAAUGAAUAUCCAGAAGAACACUUGUCCUCACAAGAGAAUUCCUCCGAACAAGCAAAUGCGGAGGGUUCUCACAAUAUCGAUCCUGUUGAAUCACUACAAUGGGAUCUCUUCGACAAGGAAAGCGGCUUCGCUCUAUCCCCGACGGAACUCAUGGACCUGGCUGAAAGCUUGCACAUGGAAGACUUCUUUGUCGCCAGGCAAGAAGAAGAUGAUUGA